AUGCCUUGGAAGCCAGUUCCCCUCGCCCAAUACUUGUUUACUCGCCUUCGACAGAACAAUGUGCAAUAUAUGCACGGCGUGCCUGGUGACUUCACCCUAAAGGCACUAGAUUAUCUCAAACCAUCCAACAUCAAGUGGAUCAACUCCUGCAAUGAGCUGAACGCAGGAUACGCCGCCGAUGGAUAUGCACGUGUGGUGGGCCUUGGCGCACUUUUUACCACCUACGGUGUUGGGGAACUAAGUGCCAUCAAUGCAAUCGCGGGCUCAUAUGCGGAGCACGUCCCGGUGGUCAGUAUAGUCGGCUCGCCGCAACGCGAGAUGCAACGUCAGGCUUUGAACAUUCACCAUACACUGGGCGAUGGAAGACCUCGCGUUUUUGCGGAGAUGGCAAAACAAGUCACGGCGGCACAAGCACAUCUCGUCGAUGAGCACGACGCGGCAGAGAUGAUUGAUGAAGUCAUCACAGCAUGUUUGGCGAAGAACCAACCAGUCUACAUCGAUUUGCCAUGUGAUAUGGUGGCAAAGGAGGUUGAUGGUGCACGGCUGAAUCAGCAACUCGUAAGGAAGAGCAAUCUCGUAGACGGACGGUUCGACGGUCUUGUCGACGCCGUUCAAGCAAAAAUCCAAAACGCUAAACAACCUUUAAUCCUCGUUGACUCUGGCCGUGGCGUUCGUCACCUGAAGAAGGAAAUUAAUGCGUUUGUUCAGAAAAGCGGAAUUCCGACACUGGCUAUGCCGUCAGGCAACGGAAUGGUAAGCCAUUCUUUCCCGAAUUUUUACGGCGUCCAUUCAGGUCCGGUCGGGCGAAUUGACACGAUGCCAUAUCUCAAUGGGGCAGAUCUAGUUAUUGCAUUUGGGCCAAUGUUCUCGGAUACUCAAACUCUAGGGUGGCAAGUCAUUCCAGAUGUGAAGAAGAUGAUCAUAGUAGACAAGGGAUCAGUUCAGAUCCCGAACCAACCGAUGGCCAAAAUGAAUCUCGAGGACUUUCUGCCUGUUUUGACGGAGAGGAUCGAUCCACAACUGCUCAACAAACCAGAUGUCUCUUCGCUAGGCAAUUUUCGCAAAUUCAAGCCUACCAUUCACGACAUGGAUCACGAGAUCGACCAAGAAAACUUCUAUCUUUAUCUCAAUAAGUAUCUGAAAGAAGAUGACGUUAUCCUCCUGGCCAACGCCACCCCUAUACUGGGAGGGCGAGAUCUCAUCUUGCCCAAGUCAGCACAUACCAUAGCAUCGGGCCAAUGGUUCUCUAUUGGCCACAUGCUUCCAGCCGCACAAGGAGCUGCACUGGGACAACGUCAAAGAGGCUUGUUGGCCAAGCAAAAGCUCAAGGAUAAUCCCCGUGUUAUCCUCCUUGAAGGUGAUGGCAGCUUCCAAGCCACAGCACAGGAGCUCAGCACCGUGAUUCGUUAUCGCAUUCCCUUGACCAUCUUCAUUAUCAACAACUCCGGAUAUGCCUAUGAACGUCAUAUUCAUGGCAUGGACGAGGAAUAUAACGACCUCGCGCCCUGGGAUUAUGCAGACCUUCCCCGAUGGUUUGGGGCCAAGUCUGAUGUCGGAAAGCCACAAGAGUACCCUAUUAUGACUCAAAGGGUUCAGACGUGGGCUGCACUUGAGGGGGUAUUGAGCAAUCCAAAACGGAUGAAUCCAGGAGGCUUAAAUCUGAUUGAGGUCGUGGUUGGGAAGUAUGAUAUUCCGGAGAAGUUUAAAGCAGUGUUCGAGGCUGCAGGCGAGAAGUUGGGUUAG